AUGCCGGCAAGAGAACAAGUAGCAAGUCCAAUGCCAAGAGUAGUGGCAAUUCAGGGAGACUACAUAGCGCAUGGAGCAACGGCUAUAAAUGUGAUGGAAAGAAAGUGAGGCAGUAAAUGUGAGAGGUAGAGAUGAGAGAUGGGGGUACAGUACAGUGCCAGGCAACGUGACAAGGAGUGAGCAGAAACAGCGCAGAGUGCAGUGCCAAUGAGGGUACAAUACAGAACAUUAUAGCGCCGAGUGCAUUGAAUGCCACAGUGAAAGCACAAAGCUUGGCCAGUGACAGGCCGGGUCAACAGCCCAACGCCAAGUGCAUCAGCAGCAGCAGCAGCAGCAGUGUGAGUGACAGGCAGAGAGCACAGCGCUAAGUGCAGCAGCGCCAGAGAGAGUGACAGGUCGGGCCCUGCCCACGGUGGCGGCUGCAGAUCCCGGGGAUACGGUGUCCUGGAUCCACCCCUGGCUGCUGAGAUCACUGGAGACAUUGAAAGCAGCGGAUCAAGUGCACUGUCCUCUAAUCGAUUGCCGAGCGCCUGGAGCGGCCAGUCUGUGCGUGCUGCCAGUGUGUGCCUAGGAGAGGCUGCUUGCCUGCGCGAUCCGUUUCUCUGGGUUUGACCAGCUGUCCCGGGCUAACCCCUGCCUGGCUCCGGCUGAAUAUGGAGGAAGUAGAAGCCGGAUUAGCCUUGGCGACUGCAACGCCGCUGCUACUGCUUUAGUUUCCCCGAGGCGCGGCGGCGGCACACAAAGGGAUGGGAGGCUAUUGGCACCGCUAAGUUUCUGCCUAGAAACCAUACGAUAUGCAUUUCAUGGAAAUGAGCCAAAACCAGACUUGUGAAAGAGAACGCCAGUUUUCACAAAAUCUUAUCCAGACAGACACCCCUGGAGCUCUGCAUCUUAAAAAAUUAAAGAGAUGGAACUCUGCAGGAGACCCAGAAAAAAGUACAGAGCAGACCGAGCAACAUAAAAAUUUCUGCACAUCGACUAUGGAAACAGAGCGAUCCGAUGGAUAUGUAACGAGUGAUAAUGAGAUUGUCCCUGAGACAGAACAUUCCAACAUGGCCAUAGACCUGACCUCAUGCACACCCAAUGGACAGCACUCGUCACCAUCGCACAUGGCAAGCACAAACUCAGUGAAGAUGGAGAUGCAAAGUGAUGAUGAAGGAGAGAGGAAGCCUCUUCGUCGAGACACACCACUGCAGUUACAAGAUGAUGAGAGUGGUCUAGAAGAGCCCUUGAUUGAUGCUAAUGGGAUCUCAGACAGCCACAGCAGUCAGGACAUGCCCCUUGAUGGUGGCAUCCGGCUGCCGAAUGGUAAACUGAAAUGUGACGUCUGUGGCAUGGUUUGCAUUGGCCCCAAUGUGCUAAUGGUCCAUAAAAGGAGUCAUACGGGUGAGCGGCCAUUCCACUGUAACCAGUGUGGAGCAUCGUUCACUCAAAAGGGCAACCUUCUUCGCCACAUUAAGUUACACUCUGGGGAGAAACCUUUUAAAUGUCCAUUCUGCAGCUAUGCAUGUCGGAGGAGAGACGCACUUACUGGCCACCUCAGAACACACUCCGUUGGCAAACCUCACAAGUGCAACUACUGUGGUCGAAGCUACAAGCAGAGGAGCUCUUUGGAGGAACACAAGGAGAGGUGUCACAACUACUUGCAAAAUGUUGGGAUGGAGGCUGGCCAAGGUAUUGUGCACCAUGCAUCUCCUAUGGACGAGUGUAAGAAUCCAGAGACCAUGAUGGAAAACAACAUGUCUCUAAUGCCAUUUGAGAGACCGGCUGUUAUAGAGAGACUUGCCAGCAACAUGGGGAAGCGUAAGAGCUCCACCCCACAGAAGUUUUUGGGUGAGAAGCUCAUGAGAUAUGGAUAUCCUGACUUGCACUUUGAUAUGGCCUAUGAGAAAGAGGCAGAAAUAAUCCAGUCACAAAUGAUGGAUCAGGCGAUUAACAAUGCUAUAACAUACCUGGGAGCAGAUGCACUGCGGCCUCUCAUACACCACUCAGCAGCUGCCAUGCCUGAGGUUCCACCAAUUGUCAGUUCACUUUACUCUCAGGUCUAUCAUCCAGCCAGAGUGGAGAGACCCACCAGCAGGGAGACAUCAGACAGCAACGAUAACAACAUGGAUGGCCCAAUCUCCCUUAUCAGACCAAAGAACCACCCUCAGGAGAGGGAGGCAUCACCCAGCAACAGCUGCCUUGAUACUACUGACUCAGAAAGCAGCCAUGAGGACCGGCAAUCCUACCAGGGCAAUCAUGCCUUAAAUUCAAAGAGAAAGCAAAGUUCGGUGUAUCCCAAGGAACAUGGCAAACCAUUGGAUGCCACAAAGUCCAGCUUGGGUUCCUCCAAGGAUGUCUACAGAGUUUUUAAUAGUGAAGGAGAGCAGAUUAGGGCAUUUAAAUGUGAGCACUGUCGGGUUCUGUUUCUUGACCAUGUUAUGUAUACGAUCCAUAUGGGCUGCCAUGGUUACAGGGACCCACUUGAGUGCAACAUUUGUGGCCACCGGAGCCAGGACCGCUACGAGUUCUCUUCGCACAUUGUUCGGGGUGAGCACCCAUUUCAAUAGCUCAUUAUUGGACUGGGCUGUUAUGAAGAACUGCACAUGAAGAAUUACUGCACUUACCCUUUUUCCUGACAGUCAUUAGGUAUAUUAUAAAGGAUUCACCUUUGGUUGAAUUCGUUUUUUUACAUACUAUUUCGGACCUUUACAGAAAAAAAGCUCUUUUAAGAUUUCCAAACCCUAACAAAAUACAGUACAUUCAAUCUCACUAUGGAAACAGAAAAAAGAGCAUGGAAUGUUACCCAUGGUCCAUAGUACUUUCAGUCUCUGACCACAAAAGGUUUGAGAGAUAGGCAGUUCAUUCCAAGUGUACUGUUGUAGUGUCUGAAAUAGUAUCCCAAACCCAUCUUCCACGACCAUUCAGUUACACAGCAUUACACAGGGGGGUAGGGAGUAGGUAAAUUGUCUUUGUUUCUAAUUUUAUAUUCACUCAAGUUGGCUUAAUAAUAAUGACUAUUUGAGGCUAAUGUGACCAAUCACAGACUGGUUCUUUCCCAACAUAUUUUAUUAUUUUGGGUGUUUUAUAAAAUGUUCAAAUAUUAGUAGCACUUUAAAAAAGGAACCAAUGGAUAUGUGAGUUCUAAACAGUAAACAAUAGAUUACUGUUUACAAGUUGAGGUUUAACGUUCAGUUAGGUGCUUCCUAGCAUUUUUUACUUUGUGUAUAGUUUUUUUUACAUAAAAUAUAUGUUUUAUCUUGUCUUGUUUAUAGCAGUGCUUCCAGUAGUUGGUAAGUUUUGUUAAUGUAAUCCUAAAACUGGACAUUGCCCAUCGAGACAAAUUGUAAAUAGUGUCAGAGGAAAGCAACAUUUGGCAAGAAGUAGGCUAUUUGCUGCUACAAGUUGUAGUGAUCCAUCCCAUUCCUGGAAUAUUUGUUUAAAUUUGAUUACCCCAGCUAUAGGAGUUCUGUAAUAAUGCAUUAAUACUUUGUUAAGCUUAAAUACUCUAUGGCUACAUGGUAUAACUUAAAUACAUUGUUUAUUAUAAUAUUACAGACAUUUUAUACAGCCACCCCAAGUUGCUCACAACUAGAUUUAACUGGAUGCAUGUAUGUAAAUGGCACUAUAUUUCCUUUUGAAAUGCUGUAUUAAGUAAACAGCAAUAACAUGAUAAAAUGAAGCCAACAGUAAUAAAAAUGAGUGUCUAUGAUCUAGCCACAUACCAAAGGUUACACUCCUUUUCACCUGUAACUGGGAGAAACUAACUACAGUGGGUGUCUGUUCUUCUUAGAGUGUUCCAUGGAAAGUCAUUAGAAUGCAGCUCAUUUGUGCCUUACUAUGGCACCAUAUAUUUGCACUUAAGUUACAAAAACAACUGUAUUGCCUCCCAUAUUUUUAUAUUGUAAACUAAACAAAUGUGUAGAAUCUGCUCAUUUACUUUCCGAGCAGAUCAUCCCUCAAAUUUUUCCUUGUCUAAUAAUGAGUUUCUAAUGAGAGUAUUUUUGUUUGGUAUAAACCAGUGGUGCCACAUUCCAGCAAAAUAAGCAAAGCUCCACCCACUUGUGAUCAUACUAGGAUAGUGACAAAAACUUGCUAGUUGGUGCCCAUUGAGAACUGGAACUGAGGAUCCAUCAACCAAUGAUAUUUGAGAUUAUGCUUUUUAAUGCACAUUUUAAAGUAUUUGGCUGCUUUUACUGUAUAUUCUGGCAAGCGAACAAGCAAUCUUACUUUCCCAAACAUCCAUCUAGGCAAUAGAGUAGUAACAUUAUAGGUUUCACUCCCCAGAGUUUGACAAACUUUAUUUCUAUAUACAACACAGCUCCAUUUAAGAUGAUAAUUUAAAAAGUUUUUAUUAGCAAAUGGCUUUAAAUCUGCAACAAACAUGACGUUUCGGCCUCACCUGCAGCCCUUUUUCAAAAUUUUGAAAGGUGAGCCCAAAACUUCACGCUUGUUGCAGAUCUAAAAGCCAUAUGCUAAUAAAGGCUUUUUAAAUUAUCAUCUUGAAUGGAGCUGUGUCAUAUAUGGGAAUACUUGUGAAACCGGCUGGACUGUGGGCCACUGGACACGUGCACCGCCUAAAUAAUUAAGAGGUGGAUAAGUGGGUGAGUGCUGACUACAAAAAGUUUAUUUAAACUUUAUUCCUAAACAUCAUCAGCCAGUCAACAGCUUAAAUAUACAUAUAGUAGUACACUAUAUAAGUACGCAAUAUUAUAAGACAUUUAGAAAGUGGAGAAAUGGGUCUUGUCUUUGUGUUUUCCAUUCCCCAAAAUCGUAUUACCCGCUGUCUGUUGCUAUUAGCUAAGGGCAAUGGAUUCUAUUUGUGGAGAUAAGUGCUUCUGUUACUGUCAGCUUUGCUGUAGACCAGCUGAUAACAUCAUCACACAAUAUUCUCAUAUCUUGAACACAAAGUGUAAUGGUUAUGAGAAUAUUGUCCUGUGAAUUGCCAUUCUGAAACAUUGUAAGCUUGCUUCCUAAUAAGAGAUAAAUAAAUCUGUGAUGUGCUCCCAUACCUCAUACAUUCUUUUUUUGUCAGUCUUAUUAUUCAGCCAACAUAAUAGAACAUAUAUCGGUAGUCUACUGAACAUCUGAAAGUCAUCAUGCUGCUAGAGCAUUGACAGGGCUAUGGUAGGGCCCAACACUGGAAUUCUGUGCAUUUCUACUUAAAAUACCUUCUAGAACAUUUGAUAGCAAGACAACUGUUAUUCAGUCUGUUUUACAAAUCACUCAAUGGUGGUUGUUUUUAUUUUAUAUAAAUAAUUUAACUCA